CAUAAGCCCAGCCAUCCCUCUGACUUACACAUCUCACAGUGCUCAGAAUUAAGACAUGUCUGCAAUUCCCCUUAGCAGAGUCCUGUCGCUUGGCUUCCUGGCACACCUCCUGCUCUUCUCCUUUAUAUCACUCUCUGUCUGUGUGGAGUUCACAGAAGAAACUGGAAAACUCGGCAAAGUCAACAUGGUUCAAAGAGGUGGAAACCAAUGGGCGAUCGGACACUUCAUGGGAAAGAAGAGCCUACAGGACACAUACAGACUGAGUGAGCAGGAUCUGGAAGAGUCUGGUAUCUUUCCUCCAAGCAACAUGGAGAGUAUGAGAACUGCCCUUCUUCAAGAGCAACGCAGAGGACUAUCAGCCCUCCAACAGCAAGAACAAUGGAUAUUAAGGAAAAUCCUGGAGCAGUAUAUUAAAACGUUCCAGAAGUAGCGAAGACCAAUCCUCCUGUACAUACAAAAAUUAAUAUAAAUAUAUAUACAUGUGCCUGAGAUUCAAGACGUAUUUCAGACAUUCCAAAGGCUAUUGUUUACAAGAAACAGAAACUGCUCAUGAUUUCAAUGUAAGAUUCAUUUUUUAAUGUUAAUGUAAUUAUCAUCUCCAGAGUAUGUACGGAAUAUUUUUCUGCCAUUUUAAGCAGUGUUCUAAAGAAUCCUGUGAAUAAAACACAUUCUUUGCACACAAA